AUGGCCGAAUAUGACCUCUCGAAGACGAUAAUACCUUACCUUGAUCGCCAUCUGACGUUCCCCAUUCUUGCACAUCUUGCUGAAACGGAAUUGUUCCCCGAAAGCGAAGUCCAGAUUGCACAAUUCGAGUUGGCGAAAGGAACCAACAUGUUCACCUAUGCUGCGAGUCUGUUCGCCCAAAUACACCCAGAUGAGGAGGUGCCGGCAGAGUUCGAUGAGAAACGAGAAAAUGCGGUCUCAGUAAAUGAACGGCUGCAGCAAGAGGCUCAGGCUGUCCUUAACGUUAUCGAAAACCCUGAAGUUGCGCAAGCGCUGCGCCAAGAUAAGAACCAAAAUCUACAGUACUUGAAAGAUAAUUUCGGGCUCACGCUUGAUCAAAUUCGUGCUCUGUAUACUUUCGGGCAAUAUCAGUUCUCAUACGGAAAUUAUAGCGGUGCUGCCGAUUACCUCUACCACUUCCGUGUCUUGUCCACCGACAACGAUCUGAACACCUCUGCUCAUUGGGGAAAACUUGCAUCGGAUAUCCUCACCGGGAAGUGGGAUGUCGCCCUCGAGGAGCUCAACUCCCUUCGGGACGUCGUGGAUUCACGCCAAGCCCCUCCUUUACUCCCGAACUCUUCUUCCACCAAUGCCUCCGAGCCAGCUCUCACCCAACUACACUCUCGUUCAUGGCUACUCCACUGGUCGCUCUUUGUCUACUUUAACCACGAGCAAGGUCGAACCCUUCUCCUCGAGACAUUUCUCUCCCCCACCUACCUAAAUACCAUCCAAACCGCUUGUCCUUGGAUCCUGAGGUAUCUCGCUACUGCAGCUAUCCUAUCACGGAAGACUGCCGCUGCCAGUUCCGCCUCCAAUCCUGCCUCUUCUCGCGUCCGAAACGCCAUCCGCGAAGUCGUGCGCGUCAUACAGAUGGAAGAAUAUCAGUUCCAAGACCCCGUCACCUCCUUCCUCAAGGAACUGUAUGUUGAAUUUGACUUCGAGGCAGCCCAGCGCCAUCUUGGCCUCGCGGAGAAGGUUGUUGGAAACGAUUUCUUCCUGCAGGAGUUCAAAGACGACUUUAUGGAUAAUGCUCGUUAUCUGAUUAGCGAGGCAUACUGCCGGAUACAUCAACGCAUCGACAUUGGGGAUCUCUCCGACCGCCUGAAUUUGUCCCGCGACGAAGGCGAAAAGUGGAUUGUCAAUCUCAUUCGCGAGACGCGCAUGGGUCAGGACGCAAAAAUUGACCUCGAAAAGAACGUAAUCGAGAUCAACAGGCCUCCACAGCCAAUCUACCAGUCUGUGAUCGAGAAGACACGGGGGCUAUCAAUUCGUACUCAAGCCCUUGGUGCCGCGUUGUCACGAGCUGGCGUCCCUACUUCACAGAAUCCCGAAGGUCAACCGACGACUAUAGCAGUGAAUUGA